AUGCCUCCCAGGGCCGGGGUCCCUCAGCCACCGCCACCGCCACAGGGAGCAGCUGAGCCCCGGGAGCCUGGCGCAAACCUCCAGGAGCACCUCCAGCGCUCUCUGACCGCGCUUGCGGGAGUGGGGGUGGGUGGGGUUCGGGGCCGCAGAUCGGUCCAGGGAGGAGGCAAGGGCGGCACCCAGGAACAGGUGACCUUUGAGGAUGUGGCCAUUUACUUCCCCCAGAAUCAGUGGGCCAUCCUGGACUCCACACAGAGGGCCGUGUACCGAGAAGUGAUGCUGGAGAAUUACGCGAUCAUCACUUCCUUGGCAGCAUUGCCAUUCCCCACAGAUCUGAUACUCCAGCUGGAGCGAGGGGAAGCACCAUGGAGCCUGGAUCCCUGGACACCCCUCAAGGGAGGGGCCCUGGGAGGUGUGCACACAGGUGGUAAAAACAAGACUGAGAAUGAGGAGCAAAGCCCAAGACUGAACAUUUCUAAAGACUCUGCGGCCCACAGAUUGACGGUGGUGGGGCUGCCCACAGAAACUCCGCAGCUCCCUCCGCUUAAAGACAGAUUAGGGAGGCCCCAGCCCUGUCGGGCAGGAGAGAAAACAAACCAAGGAGGUUUCAGGGACUCCCUUGUCCAGGACUCCAGAUCCCUUGUCAUCAGAAGGGUGGAGGAAAGCAGGAAGCUGGAAGGUAGCACCAGGGUCAGCACCCACCUGACAAAGCAGGGCCUCUGCGGAGGACAGGCGUUUUAUAAAUGUGGCGAGUGUGGCCACUAUUUCAGCCAACAUUCCCACCUUCUGCAGCAUCAGAGGAUUCACACUGAUGACAAGCCCUAUAAGUGCAGAGAGUGUGGGAAAGCCUUCAGGUAUAAUUUAAAACUCUCCCGGCACCAGAAAACCCACACUGGGGAGAAGCCUUACUUAUGUCAGGAGUGUGGACAAGCCUUUAGUCAAAAUUCACACCUCCUUCAGCACCAGAAACUCCAUGGUGGAGAGAAACCCUUCGCAUGUCCGGACUGUGGGAAAACCUUCAGCUACAGCUCCAAACUCCUCCAGCAUCAGCGAAUCCACACUGGGGAGAAACCCUUUCAGUGUAAGGACUGUGGGAAGGCUUUCCGAUGUAGCUACAACCGCAUUGUCCAUGAGCGUAUCCACACCGGGGAGAAGCCCUACGAGUGCCAGGCAUGCAGAAAAAGCUUCAGUUCCAAUUCAGUCCUCCUCCAGCAGCGCAUCCACAUGUGGGAGAAGCCCUAUGAGUGUAAGGAGUGCAGGAAGGCCUUCCGCUGGAGCUCCGUGUUUCUCCAGCACCAGCGGCUCCACACAGGGGAGAAGCUCUUCAAGUGCAAAGAGUGCUGGAAAAUGUUUAGCUGUAGCUCCCGCUUUACAGUGCACCAGCGCAUCCACACUGGGGAGAAGCCCUACGCCUGCCAGGAGUGCGGGAAGGCCUUCAAUCAGAAGGUCACCCUGGUCCAGCAUCAGCAGCUCCACACUGGGGAGAGGCCUUACGAAUGCAGGGUGUGUGGGAAAGUCUUCAAGUGGAGUGCAAGUUUCAUUCAGCACCAGAAGUUGCAUGCUCGCAAGAAAGCCACACAAGUGGCAGGGCCAGCCACAGUUGGACCCCAUUGCCCUGCUUCUGGCCACCCCUCUCUGCCUGCCCAGCAUGAGCACUCUGCCCCCUCCGUGCCAGGGGCUGCCCCAUCUUCCCCACGCCCCGCGUUCCUUCCUCCCUCCCUGCCUCUCUUUGUGCUGCUCCCCUCCUCUGAUAUGGCUAGUCCUUCCCCUGUUCAAGUAGUGCAUUUCUUUCAGGAUCUCACUUCCCCUGGGAGCCCAAAUCCUCCCCACACCCACCCACUUAGAGUUAUCAGUUUCCCUGAGCUCCUGACCAUGCCUGUGUUGUUUGUCUUCUGGGUCCGUGUGGUCAUUAUUGUUUUCCCAACUCCAUUUAUGUUCUCACGGUGUUUGAGAACCAUGUUUGAUUCUAAAACUUCUAUCCCCUGGGUAGGAAAUGGUCUCCUGACAACUAAGAUAACUGAGGAGAAGCUUCAGGGUAUUUUUUCCCCAGUGACUGGAAGCUUUUAG